GCGCAAUCGUCCGUCCUUUUUAUCCCCAGCUCCGUCCACACCUUCGAAGCUUUCUUCUCUUCUUCCACUACAGCUGCGCGUCUUUCUCCCCGACACGACAGUAGUGACACUCUUUCCCUCACGGCUGCCCUCCAUUGAUUUGGACAAUGGCCGCUCCACGUGUCAGCUUCUCCGACAAGGACUUGGAGAAUGGCGAAGGUGGUCCCGAACGAUCGCGCAAGUGGUCGCAGGCUCCUGGCAACAUCGAGGACCUAGACGAGUACACCGCUCUCCAGAAGUACAUCUCUACCUACCGUGAUCCCAAGCUCGCCCAGCAGGAUGAGGUCGCCAAUGCGCACGCCGAGUCGCAGAAGAAGAAGCCGUGGCAGUUCUGGAAGAAGGCCCCGAAGGCUGAAGAUGAUGGCGAUGCCAUGGUCGUCCCCGAGGAUUGGCUCAAUGCCGACAUCCGCCAGGGUAUCACCAACGCUGAUGUCGAGAGUCGCCGGAAAAAGUUUGGCUGGAACGAAAUCUCCACCGACAAGGAGAACUUGUUCAUCAAGUUCUUGACCUUCUUCACUGGCCCUAUUCUCUACGUCAUGGAACUCGCUGUCCUCCUCGCCGCCGGUCUCCGCUCUUGGAUCGAUUUCGGUGUCAUUAUCGCCAUUCUUUUGCUCAACGCCGCCGUCGGUUGGUACCAGGAAAAGCAAGCUGCCGAUGUCGUCGCCAGUCUGAAGGGUGACAUUGCCAUGAAGGCGACCGUCGUCCGUGAUGGUCAGGAACAGGAUAUCAAGGCUCGCGAGCUCGUCCCCGGUGACAUUGUCGUCAUCGAGGAGGGUCAAUCCGUGCCAGCCGAUUCUCGUCUCAUCUGCGACUACGAACACCCCGAGGACUUUGAGAAGUACAAGGAGCUCCGCGAACAGCACGCUCUGAACCCCGAGGAGGAUCCUGCUGGUUCCGAGGACGCCGAGGGUGAAGAGGGUGAGGGCAUCCAGCACCAAGGUCACUCCAUCAUCGCCGCCGAUCAGUCCUCCAUCACUGGAGAGUCUCUCGCCGUUGACAAGUACAUGGGCGACACCGUCUACUACACCACUGGCUGCAAGCGUGGCAAGGCCUACGGUGUUGUCUUGACCUCCGCCAAGUUCUCCUUCAUCGGUCGCACUGCUACUCUCGUCCAGGGCGCCAAGGAUCAAGGACAUUUCAAGGCCAUCAUGAACAGCAUCGGAACAGCGCUCCUCGUUCUCGUCAUGUUCUGGAUUCUCGUCGCCUGGAUCGGUGGUUUUUUCCGUGGAAUCAACCUUGCUACCCCCGAGGCCUCCUCCAACACCCUCCUUCACUACGUUCUGAUCCUGUUCAUUAUCGGUGUGCCUGUCGGUCUGCCCGUCGUCACCACCACCACUCUCGCCGUCGGUGCCGCCUACCUCGCCAAGCAGCAAGCCAUCGUCCAGAAGCUCACUGCUAUUGAGUCGCUCGCUGGUGUCGAUGUUCUGUGCUCCGACAAGACCGGAACUCUCACUGCCAACCAGCUCUCCAUUCGUGAGCCUUACGUUGCCGAGGGUGAGGACGUCAACUGGAUGAUGGCCUGCGCCGCCCUUGCGUCUUCUCACAACAUCAAGUCGCUCGACCCCAUCGACAAGGUUACCAUUCUUACGCUCAAGCGCUACCCCAAGGCCCGUGACAUUCUCAAGGACGACUGGAAGACCGAGAAAUUCACUCCCUUCGACCCUGUCUCCAAGCGCAUUACGACCAUCUGCACGCUCCGCGGCGACCGCUUCACCUGCGCCAAGGGCGCUCCCAAGGCCGUUCUCAACUUGACCGAAUGUUCUAAGGAGACCGCCGAUAUGUUCAAGGACAAGGCUACUGAGUUCGCUCGCCGUGGUUUCCGCUCUCUCGGUGUCGCCUACCAGAAGAAUAACGACCCAUGGGUUCUUCUCGGUAUGCUUUCCAUGUUCGACCCUCCCCGUGAGGACACCGCCCAGACCAUCAUCGAGGCCCAGCAGCUCGGUGUCCCAGUCAAGAUGUUGACGGGUGAUGCCAUUGCUAUCGCCAAGGAGACUUGCAAGAUGCUUGCCCUCGGAACCAAGGUCUACAACUCGCAGAAGCUCAUUCACGGCGGUCUUUCCGGCACCACCCAGCACGAUCUCGUUGAGCGUGCUGAUGGUUUCGCUGAGGUCUUCCCCGAGCACAAGUACCAGGUCGUGGAGAUGCUCCAGCAGCGUGGUCACUUGACUGCCAUGACUGGUGACGGUGUCAACGAUGCUCCAUCUCUCAAGAAGGCCGAUUGUGGUAUCGCCGUCGAGGGCUCCUCCGAGGCUGCUCAGGCUGCCGCCGAUAUCGUCUUCCUCGCCCCAGGUCUCUCCACCAUCGUUUUUGCCAUCAAGACUGCCCGCCAGAUCUUCCAGCGCAUGAAGGCCUACAUCCAAUACCGUAUCGCUCUCUGUCUCCAUCUGGAAAUCUACUUGGUCACCUCGAUCAUCAUCAUUCGCGAGGUCAUCGCCUCCGAGCUGAUCGUCUUCAUCGCCCUGUUCGCCGAUUUGGCCACCGUCGCCAUUGCCUACGACAACGCCCACUCCGAACAGCGCCCUGUCGAGUGGCAAUUGCCCAAGAUUUGGAUCAUCUCCGUCAUCCUUGGUAUCGAACUCGCUAUUGCUACCUGGAUCGCCCGUGGUACAUUCUUCAUGCCAGGCGGUGGUCUCAUCCAGAACUACGGAAACUUCGAGGAGAUUCUCUUCUUGGAGAUCGCUCUUACCGAGAACUGGCUCAUCUUCAUCACCCGUGGUGCGCAGACUCUCCCAUCGUGGCAGCUCGUUGGUGCCAUUCUCGGAGUGGACAUUCUGGCUACCCUGUUCUGUAUCUUCGGAUGGCUCAACUCCAGCAUCUACCAGCGCCCUCUCCCAUCCCCGAUGUCUACCUUCCAGCAGACCGCCAACGGCCACACCGAUGUCGUCACCGUCGUUGUUGUCUGGAUGUUCUCGAUUGGUGUGAUGAUUGUCAUUGCCAUCACCUACUACCUCCUCAACAAGAUUCCCGGUCUCGCAGAUCUUGGACGCCAGAACCGCAGUCUCCACGACACCCAGAUGGAGAACAUCAUCGGCCACCUGAGCAAGCUCGCGCUCAAGCACGAGCGUGACGAGAACGGCGAUGCCCGAUGGACUUUGGCCACCAAGGCCACUGAUGACGAGGACGACGACUAGUCGCCUCUUGAGAUACCACAUUUUCCUUGUCAAAUUCACAAGUACGAGUAGGAAACAGACGCGUGUUGAUUCCAUUACUGAGAGGAACUACUCCAGGUGCCUGCUCCUGUCUUUGAGGGAGCGAAGUGCACUGUACAUAAAUCUUCUGGUAGAUGCUUAAAUGCGCUGUUGAACUGUUAACCUUCGUUCAACAUCUUUAUCACUAC